AAUGAGCUGAAAGAAUCCACUGAAACGAUAAAAACAACGGCAUUCCUUGUGCUCCAGUGGAAUGACAGUUAUCUAAGAUGGACUCCGGUCGAUCAUGCAAAUAUUGAGUUCGCCUUUUGGCCACAGAAUGAGGUAUGGAAGCCUGACCUUGCCUUGAAGAAUUCCAAUCUGGAUUACAAGGAGCUCGGUGUGCCGUCCCUCAAUGUUUACAACCAUUAUACCGGGGCGGUCGGUUGGGCUCCUUUUCAAGUUUUUGAAUCCACGUGUUCGAUGGACAUCGUAUACUUUCCGUUCGAUGAUCAGACCUGCUACCUGAAGUUUCAGGCUUGGAGUUACUCGAGAUUUGAGGUUGCAAUGAUAGGUGGUUCGAAGGGAAUCGAAUUGACCCAAUACGAACCUAAUUCUGGUUGGGAUGUUAUUGACUCCAGUUGGAAAGUUGAGGAAGACUCCGUUGACAGCAUUAUAAGCUUUUCCCUGAAACUAAGACGAAAACCACUGCCCUUUAUGUUGUCUGUUAUCUUUCCAAUAAUAACGCUAGCAAUUUUGAACUUCUGUGUUUUCCUAUUGCCGGCUGACAGCGGAGAACGAGCAAGCUACGCCAUCACGGUUUUCUUGGCGUUCGCUGUCUUCCUUACCAUUGUUUCUUCAUCUUUGCCACAAAAUUCCGAUUCCAUAGCACUGAUUCAGAUCUUCCUUAUAAUCCAAACUGCUUGCAGCACCUUGACAACCGUCCUUGCGUUGGCCCUUCUGCGAUUGAACAGGUUUGAUAAAGAUGUGGCAAUUCCUCGCAUUCUGGUUUUCGUCAUGCGAUGCUUUAAAUGCAAAUGUUGCUCCAAAGGGUUUGACGAGUCGUCUUCUGGUGACGCCGAAUACUCGAACGGGCCCAGGGUUGCGAAGACACAAAGGAGCGUAGCAGAAAGCAGAAUAUUUGAUGGGUCUCCAACUUUUUAUGUCGCAUACCAAAACGGGUCCGGAAUGGUGCAACCGCAUAGGGGAACAACAGAAAAAAGAAUGUCGGAUAAUUCUUCUACUGGUGACGUCGAGUACUCUUGGAGAGAAGUCGUAAACUUUCUAGACGUCGUGUUUUUUGUAAUGUUCGCAUGCAUUCUCGUCGCAUCUUCACUUGGAUGUUUUUUGAAAGCAGCAUUGAACGCAAAGCCUUAACAAUUUAAUAUUAAAAACUAGUAUGCUUCUUCGGAAUAGCGCGCCUUUUAUGGGCGAACAUGACAUUUUGUAAAGUCAGUUAAAAUAAACUAUAACAGAUAAUACUGGAAAAAAAGAAUUGCAAAACCGAUGGGAAAGCAGUUCAAAUAUCAUUAUUUUCUUCAUUAGAAAGUGUCUAUAUAUGU